UGGUCUUUCGCUCCUUUACCCUUAUGGAGCAAGGUGCAGAUAAAGAACAUAAACCCGCCCAAAGUUUCCCGUCAUGGCGACUAGGUUUUUUCGUGCUGUCUGGGCUGAUUGUAGGGCUAAUCGUGUGUGUAUUGUUUCUGUUUGUCUCCUCAAUCUCGAUGGAAAGGCGAAUGGCGUCAGUUGAGAACGAGCUGCAAGAAAUUUCUAAAAAACGUGAGGAGCACAAUCGGCCCGAAAAUGAGACGAAAGGAUCUCUCAGCUCAGCAAGGUAAAGAAGAAAUGCCGCUGACCCAGCAGCCAGUUUGUCAGACCUUACUAAGAGACUUGUUACACUAGAGAGCAGAACUGUUAAACUUUCCAAUGACUUGCGUCUGAACUCCUCCCUCCGAGGUCGAGAUGGAAGAGAUGGUACGCCAGGCCUCUCUGGACCCGUUGGUAAGCUGAGUGAAAUGAUAAAAUGAUGCAUUGGAAUAAAUGCAAUUUCUUUUACCUUACAGGAUAAGUGUGCUCAUUUAAUCACGUUUUUAGUGUUGUAAUUAAAAACUAUUCAAGAAAUAAUGGCCCGAGCUGUGUUUUAGAUUCCAAAGUUAACCACCAUUUCACUGGUUCUAUUUAGAUAUGCUGAAAAUUUGAUUCUUGCCCCUCAACAUAGCCGCUGAGGUGUGACUUCAAAAAGUUUCUCUCCUCUUGUCUCCAUUAUCAGGAGACCAUGCUGUCUUGUCAUAACGCAGGAACGCUAAUGAAGCUAAUAUCAAUUCACUCUUGGUUUAAAUCUUCAUGUAAAAGUCAGUCCUGAGUCACUUCACGAUAAUAUUAUUCAGAAAUUAAAAUUUAUGCUUUACCCCAUUUUUAAAACCACCACUUCUUAAAAAUAGUGCUGCAUGUCCUGAAGCUUGCUUUACUGGGCCUCACGACAAUCACAAACUCAAGGUUGGAGUUAAUUGGCUAUGAACAAAGGCCCAUGCAUAGUCGCUUUAAUUUCCAACUUAACUUAAACUUACACUGGAAAACUUUUUUCUUUUGAAAAUCGAAGAAGAUUUUGCUCUCCAAAAAGCAGGUGAAGCUCCAUUUUUCACAUAUCUGAAAUACAUACUUAAGUUAUGUGGCUUGAAGUCUUCGUUGUUCACAUAUUUCUAAACAGAACUACUUUACACAAUUUCUCUCUUGCUCAUAACACCUUGUUCUUCACGCGAGACCCUUACCCCCUAGCCCAAACAUAAUAUGUGCACCCCAAACUAAUAUGCAUCAAAUUGGCUCCGCGUGUUUGUCGAGCAGUUCCUCAUUGAAAGCGUAAUUUUGGGAAAAACCGCAACACUCGCUGUACCUUGAACUCAGGGAAGUAAACAACAAAAAACACACAUGAUGUAAACGAAACCUACUUCCUCAGGUACAGAUGCCUUUAUAAAGAAUUAGGUUCCUCAUCACAGACAACAAUCAUUCACUCCAGUAGACUACACGUCAAACAAGUGGAGUAAGAAUUAAUUUUAACAGAACUUUCAGAACUUUUUGUCGUUCGUUCGUUUACCGUGAUGGAGAAACUUUCAGAUAAAGAACGGAAACCUGACCGAAGUUAUCCGUCUGGAAAACUAGGUUACCUUUUACUCGUCGUGGUGAUAGCUGGCCUGAUUGCGUGUGUAAUAUUUCAAUUCCUUACUUUGGCCUCAACGGAAAGACGACUUAAGGAAGUUGAGGAAAAGCUGAGUGAGGUUUCAAGAGAAAUUUCCAAACACAACCGGUCUGAGAUGGAGACGAACAGAUUACUGAGCUCCACAAGACAUAAGCGAAGUGCAAAUCCCAAGUCAAAUUUGUCAGACCUCACCAAGAAACUUGUAGCGCUGGACAGCAGGUAACAAAGUGUGUAUUAAUAGCGGGACGGGUACAGCAAUUACUUAAAAUUUAAUAUAACUAAAACUCAAUUAUAACGCUACCUGUUCUAAAAUUAUCUGAACUUAGCGACGCUGAUUUAAUCCUUAGAGUUGAAUGUUUAUUUCGCUUGCUGAGCUAAAGUCCUGAAAAAGAAAUCAUGACAAAAGUUAAAAAAGGAAAAAAAAAAGAAACAGGAAGAUAACAAAUAACACAUGAUUAUGUCCCAAACUGAUAUCAAGUUCUUCAAAGUACGUGAUUGCCCCCUCUGUAGAAAUGCGGAAGAAUCAUCGGGGAAGUUGAUUUAGCCACGUGUAAACCAAGAUCGCGGAUGUAAUUUAUAUGCGUUUGCAUUGUGUUAGUCUACAAACAUCACGUAAAGGUUUUCUCGGGUGACUCACGCACGUAUUCGCCUGAUAGUCAGCAAAGACAACAAAAACACGGCAAGAGGUGUUCCAGCAGUGAACGAUUGAGGAAGGAUGAAAAAAAGAAAGUGCUGAAAGCGAAGAUUAAGUGAGGGUUUGCUUGACCAAUGAGCGCUUUUGAGUCUCAUCUCGCGAAUGAAUGAAUGCCCAUUGAUAUUAAAUUUUAGAUGCUCCUCUAACACACUGAUGUCCUUCAAUUAACUCCUUUGCAGGACAGAUAACCUUUUGAAAGAAUUACGUCAGAUGUCUUCCCUUGGGGGUCGAGAUGGAAGAGAUGGAAGAGAAGGACCCGCGGGUCCGAGAGGACUUCCGGGACCAAAAGGUGACGUUGGUCGGACGGGAAGCACUGGACCCCAGGGACCUCCUGGACCUCAAGGAGAAAAGGGACAAGAAGUACAGGGGCUGUCAGGCGUCAGUUACAACCACUGGGGACGAACGAAUUGCACUGGAGAUGCUACUGUAGUAUACACAGGCUUUAUGGGUAGUGCAUAUUAUACCCAUACUGGUAGUGGAACAAACUUCGUCUGUCUCACCAAAAAUCCAAUUUAUGGGAAAGUCAUUGCUGACUUUCAGGGAACAGCAUCGAUCCAUGGCACUGAGUAUCAAACCGCAGGAUUCCCAGGCCUUUCAAACCUCAACCAGCAUGACGCACCGUGUGCUGUGUGUUACGUCAGGACACGUGGCUCUCAAAUAAUGAUUCCUGGAACAAAUAAGUGCCCCUUAGGAUGGACCAGUGAGUACAAGGGGUACCUAAUGACCUCACACUAUGACCACGCCCAUCCCAGUGAAUACGUGUGCGUUGACGAGAGUGCAGAGGCUGUGCCUGGAAGCCACCGCGACACAAAUGGAGCUCUUCUGUUUAUGGUACAGGGAGAUUGUGGACACGCCCUAACAUGCGGACCGUACAUUCAUGGCCAUGAACUGACGUGUGUUGUCUGCACUAAGUAGCUCUGUCAUUUUGUUCGAUAAUUUAAACAAAUCACCUGUAUUUUUUUAACACAUGUCGUUGUAUUGUAUUUCUACUAUUAAUGUUGAUGAUUCAUUUCAAAAACGUAAAUACAGUUAUGUUGUGUGGAAAACGAACUAGCAUAUCAUUCCCGCACAAAGAGCAAAAAGCCGAGUAGAGGAGAUUUUUGAAAGUAAAAGUUAGAUGGCGAUAGAUCCUGUAGAUCAUGUUAAAAGUGACACUUCGGUGUCUUAAUAAAACUGUGAAAAUGUGGAA